CCUCCCCCUUCACGCACCGGCAGCGUUACGAUAAAAACUGGCAGAAGAGGUGCAACCAGCUCAGUCCGAGCGACAAAUCCAAAGGACACCCACACUACAUCUGCAGAGACAUUAAGAAGUUUGCGAUCGAGACGAUUUUAAACUUGACCACUUGGGUUGAAUACCACUUGAGUAACCAUGACCAGAACACUUGUACUGCUAAUGCUCCUGUCUGCUGUCUGCUGCUGCCUAGCGGACAAUGUGGAGCUGGCCCGCACUAAGAGAGGGACUCGUUUUUACAGAGGUGAGCCUGUCAGGCAGCCAGCUAGACGGACGCUUUUGAUUAUUCAUGUCGAGAAGUCUUCACCUUCCUUUGACACCUCCCUACAUUGUGUGGAUAGUGAGACGUCAGCAGUGCGUAGUUUUGGUGACACUUGGCUGCGAUGGAGGGGACAGCGUGUGGAGUAUUGCCGUUGUUCUAUGAGAGGACGAGAGCGUUGUCAUAUUGUGCCCGUCAUCAGCUGCUACGUGUCUCAGUGCUAUAAUGGAGGAACCUGUAAGGAGGCUGUGUACACUUCAGACUACAUCUGUCAGUGUCCUCCAGGCUUCAGUGGGACUCAGUGUGAGAUCAACACCAAAGAGGACUGUGCAGUGGGGCAGGGCGAAGGAUAUCGUGGCACAUGGAGUAUCAGCCGUUCAGGAGCAGAGUGCAUCAACUGGAACUCUACGUCUCUGAGAGGAAGAAGGUUCACAGCCAGAAAAGUGGAUGCCAGCAGUCUGGGACUAGGCAAUCACAAUUUCUGCAGGAACCCUGAUGGUGACAGCAUCCCUUGGUGUUACGUCUACAGAGGAACUCAGAUUGAAUGGGAGUUCUGUUCCUUGCCCAAAUGUCCUAAUGCAGAUAAGAACCAAGAAUGUGUCAUGGCUUCUGGUCAGUCAUACAGAGGCACAAGAUCUGUUACUAAGAGUGGCUCUCGCUGUAUCCCAUGGGACAACCCUAUUCUCAAGCGCAAGGUCAACAAUGCUUGGAGAUCUGAUGCACUGGAGCUGGGACUGGGCAGCCACAGCUUCUGCAGAAAUCCAGACGGUGAUGAAGGCCCAUGGUGUCACACCUUCAAGAACAUGCAGCUGACCUGGGAGCUGUGUGACAUACCUAAAUGCAUGAGACGUCCAUCUAUCAUCACCACUCUAGGCCCACGUGCCCCGACCACUAACAACAAUAACAGAGGAACAUGUGGCCAGCGGUUAGACAACACCCUGAAUCACCCAGCGUUCCGCAUGUUUGGAGGCAGAGAGAGUGACAUCACGGAGCAGCCAUGGCAGGCUGUCAUUAAUGUUUACCAGGCCCGUUACAAGAAGCACUUCCACCGGUGUGGAGGAAUCCUCAUCGACUCCUGUUGGGUCCUGUCUGCUGCACAUUGCUUCGAGGACAGGGAUAAAGUAGAGAAAUUGGAAGUGAUUUUGGGAAGAACGUUCCGGAAACAGAAUUCGAGCAGUGAGCAGAUUUUCAAGGUUGAGAAGUACUGGAUCCAUGAGAAAUUUGACAACGAAACAUUUGACAAUGACAUUGCUCUCUUGAAGCUGAAGACGGACAUUGGCAUCUGUGCUAUAAACUCUCCGGAGGUCUUUCCUGCAUGUCUGCCUGAACGUGGGCUGGUGCUGCCUGACUGGACUGAGUGUGAGAUCUCUGGAUAUGGAAAGGACGCUGAAUUUGCUGCAGAGUACUCUGAGCGUGUUAAGAGAGGUUACGUUCGUCUGUGGCCUAAAGAGCGCUGCAUCCCUGAUGUGCUGUCUGGACGCACAGUUACCGACAACAUGCUGUGUGCAGGUGACACCCGAGGCCUGGACGAUGCCUGCAAGGGAGACUCUGGUGGCCCUCUUGUCUGUCGAAACAAUGACAAGAUGACUCUGAUGGGUGUGAUCAGCUGGGGCGAUGGCUGUGGGCAGAAGGAUAAGCCUGGGGUCUACACCCGUGUCACACAUUACAUCGAUUGGAUCAGCGACAAAAUUAAGGCAAACCCAGUCUAAAGUAGAGACUGUUGUAUGUUGUAUGUUGAAUGACCUAUAAACAAUGGGUAAAACUGCAAACGCAGACAUGUUCAUCCUUGAGACGACAGACAAAGAGAUCCACAGGACUCCGUAUAUCUGUUGAUCCACACUGACGGAGGCUUUCAACCAGCAGGGAGGACCUCAUUCAUGGGUUUUUAAGCUCAAUGCAACGUGGUCUCAAUUUUUCUCUUCCUUACUGUGUUAACCAGGACAGUAUCUGGACAGAAACACGGGACGAACUCUCUCUUCUCCCCCUGGGCAAUCUUGAUCUUAAUAAUAUUUUUUCUCAUUUAAUGCAUACAAAGUUUUCAUGUGAUUUCACAGUAUUGCGUCCACCAAACUCAAGGUUCAGACAGGAAAAAUGGAAAUUAUCAGUACGUACUGGUUUAUAGAGGGAGUCACAGUGGUAGACUUCAGGUCAGUAGCACUUUUAAUCCAACACUCCACUCAACAUAAGCAUUUAUGUUGCACAGUGCCGUAAGUCACAUAGGAAUGUAGGCAUUUUAUAAAGUUUUGUGCAAAGAUUGUGUUCCAGACUUUUAGACACGAGGUUGUGUUGGCUUAGUCUUCAUGCAAAAUGUUCUGCAUUUGCUUACUUUGAGGCUUGAGGGGUCCCAGACCUUCAUCCAAAACACAAAACCUAUCUGCUGGUUCAGAUUCUGCUUGUUUUUUGUUGUUGUUUUUUUUGUUUUUUUGCAGUUUUAGCUCACAGCUGCAUUGUAGAUAGGAAUAGAUUUGGACAGGUGGGAGCAGAAAACUCUGAGAUACUCACUCUUAGCAAACCUGUGUCAUUUUCCUUCAGCUUCACAAUAGAGGAAGUGCAAAAUCCCACUACUGUUUUUUAAAAAAAAUCCGAUUUCUUGAGCACUUCUCCAUCAGACACCUGGGUUGAGCCCAGCAUGUAUAUUGUCUGAAUAUGGAUUUUAUAUUGAACAUUUGCUUAUGCUUAUUGACUGCAAAGCAUAUUAAUGAGCUCACUCUGUUUUGUGACUGAGUUUUAGAUGUUUUGUACUAAGUUAAUAUUUAUGUGUAUUUUGUAUUGUUGUGGAGAAACUACUUUUGUACUGUGUGUACUGUAGUUAAUAAUUUAUUGUCACUGUCAUUAUAACCACAUCUAUCAACAUACUCCUUUGUCAAUAAAUAAUAUUUAUAAUAAAUCUUUUUAUGCUUCA